AUGGUUACGAUGUGAUGAAAUUAAACAAACAAACAAACUGAAUAUUGAGUGAAGAGUUUUAUUGUUGUCUCUGCAGAGUUGGCUUGGUGAAUAGAAAUCUCAAGAGACGCACAGAGAUACAGCUACCUGCUCCUCUGCUGCCCACAAUGAAAGACCUACACAAUAAAAGCGUUUGUAUCACGGUACAACUUGCUUUAGAGAAGCCAGUAGUUCUUGUUACUUGAACUGCGUUUAGUAACGUCUGUUUUUAUUAGGCAUCGAUUACUCUGUAGAGCUAGUGUGAUAUUCUUUGCUAAUAUCCAGGUAUUUGUAAUUCGUCUGAAGUAGAAAGCUGCUACUAUGUUAAACGACACGUUUUUUCGUCCUGCAACGUUUUAUCUUAACGGGUUUUCUGACCUGCCUCAUGCAACGUAUUUCUAUGUGUUCCUGUGCUUCGUUUACAUCAUGACUGUUGUUGGCAACGGUUUUCUGAUGUCUGUGAUUUACCUGGUGAAGACUCUUCAUUCUGCUAAAUACAUGAUUGUGUUCAGCCUGGCUUUAACAGAUCUGUGUGGCAGCACUGCUCUCAUCCCUAAAGUCCUGGACACGUUCUUGUUUGACAGGAGAUACAUUGUCUAUGAGGCUUGUUUGAGUUACAUGUUCUUUGUGUGGUUCUUUGCCUUUGUACAGUCGUGGACACUUGUCACUAUGUCUUUUGACAGGUUUGUAGCCAUUUGCUUUCCUCUGAGGUACCACAGUAUUGUCACUAAAUCAGUUGUGGCGCUGAUUCUUUUCUUUGUGUGGUUUUGUUCAUCGUGUUUUUUGGCAAGUCUCGUCGGGCUCAUUACUCGUCUCUCUUUCUGUAGGUCUUUAGUGGUACAAAGCUUUUUCUGUGACCAUGGACCGGUGUAUAAGUUGGCCUGUAAUGACACAUCUGUAAAUAACAUCAUUGCAAAUUUUCUCAUUACUGUGAUCAUAUGUAUACCUGUAGUACUUAUAGCCUUAACGUACAUCUGUGUUGCUGUCAGUCUGAGCAGGAUUACAUCAGGAGCUGAGAGGCUGAAAGCUGUGAAAACUUGUACAUCCCAUAUUAUUCUUGUUGCUAUAUUUUUCCUACCUCUCCUGGUCACUAACAUAGCAGCGCUGGCCACCUACAUCCACCCUAACACCAGGAUCAUCAACUCCACUUUGACACACACAGUACCAGCUCUGCUCAACCCCAUCAUCUACUCUUUAAAGACUGAAGAAGUGAUGACGUCUGUCAGGAGGCUCCUUAAAAACAAUAGGCUGAGAAAUGUGAAGUCAUCAAGAUAAGCUCCUAAUAACACAUUAAAA